AUGAGCAAUAACCUUUCAAGCUUUGAUGCAUUAGUUUUGGGUGUUUAUAAGGACGGUUCAUUUUCUGAAACAGCAUCAAAGAAGAUUACUGAAAAAAUACGACAAACUAUUAAACAGCAGCUACAAUGUGCUGGAGUUAAAGGAAAACUGGGCGAAGUAAGAGUUUUGUAUGGAAUUGGCAGUGAAGAAGGUUUGCCUUCACAAAUUGCUGUUGUUGGUUUGGGAACUAAACCUGAAAACGAGAGAGAUUCUUUGGAAAAAGCUCGUGCUGCUGUAGGUGUUCGCACGUUGCGUAAUCAAGGAGCAAAAAACAUUGCAAUUGAUGUUAUGACUAAUGAACAUGGUGCAUCUGAAGGUGCAACUCUUGCUCUUUUUAAACCGGAUCGGUUAAAAUCUGCUCAAAAUCAAAUCCCAUCUGUUAAAAUCUCACCAUUUGGAACAUUAUCAUCAUCCGAUCUUACUUGGGAAACCGGUUUAAUUUACGCAAAUGCUCAAAAUUUCGCUCGUACAUUAGGAAAUUCUCCGGCGAAUCAUAUGACACCAACUAUCUUUACUGAAAAUGCAAAAUCUGUAUUAAAAGAUCUUCCCAAUAUUGAAGUUAUUGUUAGAGAUAGAGAUUGGGUUGAAGGAAAAAAAAUGGGAUCUUUUCUAUCUGUUGCUAAUGGUUCAGACGAACCUUUAAAGUUUUUGGAAAUUCAUUAUAGAGGUGGAAAAGACGGCGAUAAACCUCUGGCUUUAGUUGGAAAAGGCAUUACAUUUGAUUCUGGUGGAAUUUCAUUGAAAUUCCCCGCAGGCAUGUCUGAAAUGAAAAUAGAUAUGGGUGGCGGUGCAGCAGUAACGGCUGCAUUGUAUGGAAUAGCAAAACUCGAAUUGCCAAUCAACGUGGUUGUAACUGUUCCUUUAUGUGAGAAUUUACCUUCCGGUCAUGCAACAAAACCAGGAGAUGUUGUCGUUGCCAUGAAUGGUAAAUCCAUUGAGGUUGAUAACACAGACGCUGAAGGACGUUUGAUCUUGGCUGAUGCAUUAUACUAUACAAGUUCGACGUUUCAACCACACAGUCUUAUUGAUUUGGCCACCUUAACAGGUGCAAUAGGAGUAGCUCUUGGUAUAGGUAAAUAUGCUGGAAUUUAUACUAAUUCCGAUAAACUAUGGGAACAACUUGCUGAGGCGGGAAAAAUUGCAAAUGAUCCUUUAUGGCGCAUGCCACUUGAUGAUUUCUAUUUAAAAUCUAUGACUAAAUCUGAUGUAGCAGAUUACAUUAAUUCUAGUGGUAAUAAAUAUGGAAGUUCUUGUAAGGCUGCUAUUUUUCUUAAAGAAUUUGUAUAUGGACUAAGUGAUGAAGGAACUAUUAGAUAUGCUCAUAUUGAUAUGGCAUGUAUUAUGAAUGCUAGUGAAGACUCUUAUUAUAAUGUUAAAGGAGCAACUGGGCGCCCAGCUCGUUCUAUAAUCGAAUUUGCUAGAAAACUUUCUAGAGUUAGAUAA